AUGAAGGAUAUUAAUCUUAAUAAUACUUCAGAUCCUGAUUCUGCUAAUGAAACUGAGACUGUUAAGGAAGAUGUGAACCAAAAUGAAAAAAUAAUCUUAGAAACUAAUAAUGAAAACGAAAGUAUGGAGCAGAAUAACACAAGCCCUGAUGUUAGUGUCAAAGAAACACUAAAUGGUAACGAUGAGACUGAUAAUUAUGUAGGUGAACCAGAUGAACUUAAAUCAGAGGUAUCAGAGCUGGAGCCUGAUGCACCGGCCAUCACUCUAAAGCAUAGUUACAAUGCAGAACAAUGGUCCCCUUUAAACCCAUCUGGCAAGAAAGUCUAUGAUGUUAACCUGCUCAAGGAAAUACAAGAUGAUCCGUUGUGCAAGACUAUGCCGAAAUCGCCGCUUCUUGAAACAUGUAAUAUCCUGCGGACAGCCCAGUCACAAGAUUCAUUGAUAGCAUUCAAUCAUAUUAAUCGCUCAAUGAAUGACUCAUUGUUUCCAACUUUCCUUAAGACAAACUCUGGUAGCAUGAGAAACCCUAUUCUACGUGAUGGCAGAAAGGACAAUAGGAGUUCAGGUCAAUCUCUAAAUAGAGGCAGUAUGAAAUUGAACUCGCCAUCGAGAAACAGUGGUGGAAGGAAUAUUUGCAUUUCACUCCGCGAAGAAGUGAAACUAAACGAAACGAAAGAUGCUUGGAGACCAGCCAGGCUCAAGAAGGAAAACUUGGACGAAGCAGAGUUGAAGACACAGGAGUUAUAUAAGAAGUUCCGCGGUAUUCUGAACAAAUUGACGCCUCAGAAGUUCGAUACGCUCGUUGAUAAGGUGAAAUCUCUUGAAAUUGACACUCAGGAACGUCUCGAGGGCGUUAUUGAUCUUGUUUUCGAGAAAGCUAUUGAAGAGCCGAACUUCUCCGAAGCAUAUGCUGCUAUGUGUAACAAACUUUCUACUCUAAGGGUUCCAUCAACAAAUAACCCUAGCCAAUGCGUUAAUUUCCGUGCGAUGAUCAUCACAAAAUGUCAAAACCAGUUCAUCAAAGAGAAAACAGAUGAGAUUGUGGUAAAGUUAGAGAAAGAGCUCGCUGAGUGCAACGAUGCUGCCAAGAAAAAGGAAUUGCAUGCACAACUGGGAGAAGCUCAACGUCGCGUGCGCAUGCGUUCAGUUGGAAACGUUCGAUUUAUCGGCGAGCUAUACAAGUUAAACAUCUUGAUAGCCAAAAUCAUGGUAUAUUGUAUGAAUUACCUCAUCGAUAAGCCAGAAGAAGAGAAGCUGGAAUGCCUUUGCAAGCUGCUGACCACGAUUGGGGAACAGGUGGAGAAUGAGGCCAAGGAACAGCUGGAUGUGAUCAUUAAUAAAAUCCAAGAUAUUGUCAAUGAUCGUAAGAGUAAGAAGAUUAGCAGCCGUGUGCGGUUUAUGCUACAGGAUGUAAUUGAAUUGAGAAGACGCAGGUGGGUAGCCAAGAGUGUCUUAGACAUGCAACCGAAGAUGAUGGACCAGAUCCAAAAGGAAGCUGAACAGAAACAACGGCAUAUUGAGUUGAUGAAUUCGCCGGUCGGGGGUGGUUUCCGACGUGACGAUGGCAAUCGUAAGAAACGUGGCGUCGAAGGGCGGAGACAAGGAAAUAAUAACUUCAUGGAUAACACUUGGAAGACAACAACAACGCGAAGUAACUACGUCGUGGAUACCAGCAAACUCAAGGCCAUGCCGCAAAAGAACCCGAACUUGGGCAGCAUAAAGCUGGCUCCAGCUCACAGCAUAUGGAACCAGGGAUCUGGAACUAAAUCUCAAAUAGCCGCUUCAGCCACGAAUAAGUUCAGCAUUCUGGACAACGUUCAGAUCGACCCGACGACACUUACAGCCGCCAAGCACGCACCUCCCGCUGCCUACCAGCAGUCUAAGUCGAUAGAGAGGUCGACAUUUACACGCAAUGACUUCGCCUCUUCGCGCUCCGAUUCAAUUGAAAGAACUAAGCCUUCGCCCACACCACCCGCGGCCCCACCCGCCCAAACGGAAGCACCGGCCGCCCAAGAACCGCUGCCAGAGUACCUUAGGAAAUCCGUCAAACAAUUUAUCGAUCUCUCCAUCUUGAAUCUCAACGAUGAAGAGCUGGUUGAAGAGAUUAAACUUAUUGGAUCGCAAUAUCAUGCUGCUAUGGUUACGGAGAUACUCAAUGUUGCGCUUGAGAAGAAUGCAAAAGCAAUUAGUAUUCUGUCGAAGUCGGUGAUGAAACUAGUCAGUUUGGGAAUUUUAUCGUGCGAGAACUUCUUGGCAGGAAUGGAUGAGAUCUUUGAGUGUGGCCCGGAUCUAUAUAUCGAUAUACCGAUGCUGUAUUCCUAUCUUGGAAAAUUCAUAGCCCCACUUAUUGAAAAUAAGAACUUGACUCUCCAACAAGUCCACAAGGCUGCUGGGUCCCUGGUAUCGUCAGGACAUGGUCAUCUCUUACUAAAAGCGAUUAUUACUGAGUUGAAGGACAGUAUGGGACCAACAUUCACCAGGACUAAAUGGGUGGAAUCAGGUCUAGAGUUAAAACAAUGGAUGGAUGAUGAUAAGGUACCAAAGUGGGUAUCGGACAACCACUUUGAAUUUCUUGAAGGCUCCGAAGAUUCAUCAAGCGUUGAAGAGAAGCCGAAAUUGCCCCCAAGUGAGGUGCAAAAAAAACUGCUUCAAUUGAUGAAUACCGAUGAAAGUUGCGACUGUCUCCGUGGGUGGGUCAAGGACAACAUCGCCUCAACCGAGGAAUCGUGGUUCCUCCGUUGCCUUACCCAAGCGAUAUGCGAGUACGCGUACUCGCCGGAAAGUUGUACGCAUUUGAACGUUGAUCGUAUGAACAAAUACUCGUCUCUAAUCAGCGAGUAUGCUGAUACUCAGCCAGUACGUGAAGCUGACUGUCUCUUCGGUAUACAGCUUUUGGUACAUCGGCUGGAGCAUCCCCAGGGCUUAACAUUGGACAUAUUCCAAUACUUGCAUGAGCAUUACGUGAUAUCGGUGGAUGGAUUCAUUGCGUGGGAGACUUCAGAAAUGGUACCCGAGGGAAAAGCGGUAAUGCUUAAAGCGUUGACAUCCUUCUUCACAAGUAUACGAGAGGCAGACAACGAAGACUCUGGCUCCGAAGCCUGA